GAGUGUUCUGUAGGAAAGAAAGAGGGAGAAACCAGGAAGGCAGAGGCAGGGAUUCUGCAUUUACAACUAUGUGCAUGAAUGUGACUGUGUAUGUGUUGUUACCAAUGUGUGUGUGUGUGUGUGUGAGUGAGAAAGCGAGAGAGAAAGGGAGGCAGACGCUUGGCAGAGAAGAGAGGGAUUUGGCCGACUUGUCGGGGUCUUUCAUGUCACAUUUCUGCCCUGAGGACCUGACCUCUGUCUCUCUGGACAAUAACCUGGAAAAUUAAAAUGGAAUAUCAGAAAACUCCACUCUGCAAAACAGUCAGCGGAACAACAUCCCUCCUGCUGCCUCUGCAUCAAAGAAAAAAGAAGAACUGAAGGGAAGAAUGACUGAAAUGUUUUAUUUGUAUCAACGAAGAAAGUGAAGAGGAGAGGAGGGCUCGUGUACGUGGAAUUAUCUGACAACUAGGGGAGGACGCAGAAGAUUUAUUCAUAUAAUUAUACUCUUCUUGUUUUUUUCUUCUUUGAGGGAAAGGCAAAGAGCAGAGAGGAGAUAAUAGGAGAGUAGAGGAAAGGGGAGGAGAGAGGAGAGAGCAGAGAGUAGAGUACAGAGCAGAGAGAGGAGAGGACCAGAGAGGAGGAAAGAGAGGAGGAGGACAGAGAGGGGAAGAGGAUACACAAGAGGAGGAGAGGAAUGGAGAGGAGAGGAGGGGAGAGGAGUAUACACACUCUCGAUGGGAUCUUGGCAAUAAUGAAAUGGGAGGGAUGAAGUAUGAACUCCACUGACCGCUGCAGGAGAAUACAAUAAGCUGAACUGGCUGUGAAAUCAUGAGCGCUCCCACGUCAGGAACCCCAAAUAUGGAGGUGAAAGUGGUCUCCCAGGAGAUGGCAUUGCUUAGCAACAUACUGGCAGCUUACACCUUCAUUGCAGACCAACCCGAGAGGACAGCCUUGGUGUUUCUGGGCGGUGUCUGUGUUGGCCUUCUUGUCACACUCUGCGCCAUCGUCUUCCAGAUACACUGUCGAGCAGACUGUCACUAUGGCAACAGCAAGCACCAUCGCCACAGGAACAGGCAUCAUCACCGUCGCCAUCAUGGCUGUCCCCUCCAUCAGCCCAUUGACAGUAAUCCAGACAACACUGCUGUUGUUGCCUCUGGAGGGACUGCGCCUGCUGGGGAUAGCGAAUCAGAGGACUGGGAUGACACCUCUGACAUGUCUUCACGGAGACGCAGACGCUUUGAGAGAGCUCUGCUGCACGCCACCAUGUUCACAUCAGCUGAGGAGCUGGACCGGGCCCAGAGGCUGGAAGAGCGAGAGCGGAUUCUCCGAGAGAUCUGGAUGAACGGACAACCAGACAUCAGUACAGUCACUCAAAGCCUCAACAGAUAUUACUGACACGUAAUCAAAUAUGUGUCAGUAGUUAGAAAGACAUGAAGAUAGACAGAAAAGCAGAUGGAUAAACUGUGAAUUAGUCUUGCAUUGCCAGACCUAUCUCCACAGCGCUGCAUAGGAAAAAAGAAAAUAUGAAUAAAAUGAACACAAACCAUCAGGUUGGGAGUGCUGUCUGCACUGCACCAAAGAGACUCUUACAGAUCAAACUAUUAGUGACAGUACUGCCGGGAGCAGUCCCCUCCACUCAAAAAAGGAAAACAUAUGAGUUAUGAUGGCUCAGUCCUCCAAUACAGGAUGACACUGUAUAUAAUGUUUGAAAGAAGAAUGUCCUUGUGCCCCGAAAAGCCGACAAGUAUGACACAAAGGAUCUACAGAGAACACACUGCGAUAUGUAACUGCUGUUGGUGAAAACUGUAAAAGAGAUUUUAUAACUUUUCAAUUUUUUAACACAAAUUUUUAACUUUUAAAAAACAGCGGGAGAGACGUUAGCUCAAUGCGAAGCUACAUUUACACAUACUGGUGCUUGUACUGCUAUAAAUCCCCAGAUAAAGAGAAUACUUAUAGGAAGGACACUCAAUGGCUGUGGUGGGUUGAUAAAAUAUGAAAGGUAUAACCUGAUAAGUCUGUUGGUUGCAUCUGGAGGCUUGAGGCUUAUCAGCUACAGGUAUUGUUGCACAAGGACAUACGUAGGACAGCAGGUCAUCAUGUUUGAGAAGAUCAUGCUGCCUUUAUUUCUUUGGCUCAUUUGGUAAUGAGCUGAAAAAAAUUUAUAAAUUUUAAUUCCAAUUUUUGAAGCUGUUUUCUGUACAUAUUGAGUAAAAUUAUAACUUAAAGUUAAUAUUGUGGCUCACAUUCCAUCAACAGUUUUUAAGUGUCUUUGGGUACUGUAUGUAUGUAUGUUGUACAUGUAUCUCAUCUGGUAGGAGUCCAGAACAGAUGCUAUGUCCAGAGAAUGAUCUUGUUGACAGCAUUAAAAAUUAAUAUUGAAUUUUUACCAAUUAUAACCUUGCAAUAACAAGGUAUCUCUAGUCCAGGUCAGUGGUGUACAUACAUACACAGUCCCUUUCCAAUGUUGCCCCAAAAAUCCACCUUAAACCCGAGGAAAGGCCUACAGUACAGCCCAAAGUAGACAAGGUACCGUGGCAGAUGGCAGCUUCAAUCUGUCACAAGUUUCUUAUUCUAUUCACCUUCAUUGAGCACGUCUUUAUAAGAAUAUAUAGCAAUAAUAAAGCUUUAACCCUCACCUCUGAGCCACAGUGACUCUGCAAGAAGCACAGAACAUCACUUGGGAGUAUAAUGAGAGUCCCAGCAACAGCAGCCACACUAGUGACCCAAGGGUGAGUAACACUUAAUGGAAAGCAUUAGGAUGGACAUAAACAUAUAUUAUUACAUCAUAGGGUUGGAGGUUGGGCUGGGUCUUGUUUGUUUGGUCGUUAUAUCAAUGGGGACAUAUUUAUCAAGCAUCUCAGAAUAACAAUGAGA